CACCCUUUUAUGGUACAUAGAUAGGAAUAAACACACAAAUUAUUCUCCUUUUCUUUUUCUCUCUUUCUCUUCUUUUUACAACACAUAUAAAGAAAAAAUGUCAGCCUACUCUGGUCGCGAUAUAGCGCUGUUCGUGGUAGCCUUCUUCUUCCCACCCCUUGCAGUGCUCGUCAAGUGUGGCUGCGGUAUUGAUUUUUUGAUCAACAUUUGCUUAUGGGCUCUUGGCGCCAUCCCCGGUAUUGUCCAUGCGUUUUACAUUGUGCAUAAGCAUAACGACAAUUUCGAAGACCUCGAACGAGGUGGUCUUCAGUAUCAGCAAGUUCCUUCAGAGGAACCAAGUCGCGUGGUCUACGGAUCUACCAAUACAGAACAAUAACGGCUAUGUUUAUCACUCUCUCCUUUUAUCCACCGUUUUAUAUCGUUUAAAAUAUAUUACUUCAUUAUCAUCACUCUGAACGACAACUCCACAAUAGCAUAACAUCACUAAGGAACAUUGAAAUAUGGCCC